AUGUCGUCAUUCAACAUCCCCCCUAUGCUAAAGCGAGUCUUUGACUCCUUUCCACUCCUCAUACUCCCCGAUGAUCCUCUACCAUCGGGAUAUCUCCAACCCAGCAAAGACAAGCCAUUGCUGUACGUCUUCACCACUCCUGCAGACGCAGCAGCUGGAAAACCGAGCUUCAACCCAAGCUGUCUAAAAUGGCAGACAUAUCUGAAACUCUGCGGGAUCGAUUGUAGGAUCGUUCCCUCAAGCAACCAUGCCUCGCCCUCCGGCGCGCUACCGUUCCUCAUCUCUGCUGCUGCGGCCCCUUCUUCGGCCACUAAAACAAUAUCUGUGGGUGCGCUGAGAAAGUGGGCUGCCGAAAAUGGGAGUGCGCCAAAUGAGAUCCCCGAGAAGGAACAACCACGGGUGCAGGCAUUUCUGGCGAUGCUGAAUUCGCAGAUACGAGAUGCGUGGCUACACUCUCUCUACCUCUCUCCCACCAAUUUUGUCACCAUCACCUCGCCGCAGUACCGCUCCACCACGGUCAGUGCCGUAAACCUGAUCCUAUCACAUCAGAUGCAGGCCGCCGCGACUAAGGAGCUUCUAAAGGCUCGCCCAGGCGGUAUCAUCAACCCGGAUGACAUCUAUGCUGAUGCGGAGUCCGCGGUUUCGGCUCUGUCGGCGGUGCUAGGUGAGGAUGAGUGGUUUUUUGGUGCGGAGGAGCCCGGGUACUUCGACGCUGCUGUGUUUGGGUAUACCCAUCUGGUGCUGGCGACGGAGUGGGAUGAGGGCGAGGCGGGACUGAUGAGAGCGGUGAAGGGGCAUGCGAACUUGGUUGCUCAUGAGGAGAGGAUAUGCAGAACGUGCUUCCCAGGCACAAGUGUUAGGGAGAAGUAA